AUGAGAUCAUCCACUCUUCUCCCCGGCGUGGCCUUGCUGACCACUUUGGCCUCAACCACUUUGGCCUCUCACAUCUCCCCCGCUCCCUUCGCCGACCUGCUGGCUAAGCGCGAACACACCAAGAAUGGCAACGACCCCCUCAUGGUAGACCUUGGCUACUCGCAGUACCGCGGCACGUUCAACUCUUCCACCAACAUUGACUCUUGGAAGGGCAUCCGCUUCGCCGCUGCCCCCACUGGGGAUCUUCGUUGGCAAUCUCCUCAGCCUCCUGCACUUGACCGAAGUCAGGUUAUGGAGGCUAACCGGUAUGGCUCGCAGUGUCCGCAGAGCCCCUUUGGUAAUCCGCAGUUCGAGACGAGUGAAGAGUAUGCAGGUGACGAUGAGGAUGAGGAUUGUUUGUUCCUCAACGUUUUUGCGCCUCACAAUGCUAGCAAUCUGCCGGACAUGGUUUGGAUCCAUGGCGGUGGAUACGGAGCAGGCAACGGCCAAUACGACUUUACCUCGAUCAUCACGGCCAACAAGAACAACUUUAUCGGUGUUGCAAUCCAAUACCGUCUGGGAGCAUUCGGCUUCCUUGCUUCCGACCAACUCAACCGCAAAGGUGUCGUCAAUGCCGGCAUUCUCGAUCAGAACUUGGCACUGCACUGGGUUCAAGCUUACAUCUCCCAGUUCGGUGGUGAUCCUCGCAAGGUGACGCUUGCUGGUGAAUCUGCCGGUGGUGGUUCUGCGAUGAUCCAUGCGCUUGCCCAACGUGGUUCGAUGGGAACCUCGCUGUUUAACAACAUCAUUGCUGCUAGUCCCUACCUCCCCUUCCAGUACGGGUUUAGCGACUUUGAACCUUCGCAGUCCUACUACGCCUUUGCUGCUCAAGCAGGUUGCUUUGAUGGUGUUGCGUACGGCAAGACAAACCAGAGCAUCUUCGAAUGCUUGUUGACGAAGGAUUCCAAGACACUGCAGGAGGCGAAUGUCAAGACUUCAGCAAGUGCUUUCUUUGCCACUUGGCCCUUCCUCCCUGUGACGGAUGGCAAGUAUAUCGUUGAUGUUCCUUCAGCACAGCUGAACAAACGCAAGCUCAACGGAAAGCGUCUUCUUGUUGGUAACAACGGUGCCGAAGGCGCAGUGUUCGUGAUGCGAGACAAGGAUACGGAAGGCAAAGUUCGUCAGUGGCUCACCACGCUCCUUCCCCUAGCAACUGAACAAGACAUUGCAAAGAUCCUUCUCCAGUAUCCCGUCGACACCAACGUCGCCACGCAUUACGCCACUAACGGAUUGGAUCAGCCCAACGCAAACAGCGUCAACCCCGUAGCCCACGGCCAGCAAGCAAGAGCAGACAACAUCUAUGGAGAACUAACCUUCGUCUGCCCGUCCUACUGGAUGUCGGAAGCCUACUCCGGUUCAGGUCGGCAAUCCUAUCGAUACCAGUACUCGGUCGUUCCGGCUCUGCAUGGAAACGAUGUUGUAGCAUACUUCGGUCCUCCUUCGGCGGUCCAGUCUGCUCAAUUCGUUAAGGCCUUCCAGAACAUCUAUGGCAACUUCGUUACGAAAGAUAACCCUUCCAUCAGCUCCUCUCUCAUCGAUAACUCCUCCAACCCCAACCCGGCAAACAACUGGCCCCAAUACUCGGCGGAAACGCCUUACCAGAUCAACCUCAACCAAACAGGAGGAACACCAGAACAGAUGCCCUUCCUAGGAACGCAGCUUACCACCUUGACAGGCCAAGGCCUGAGCAACCAUUUCACAAAGGUCAAUGCCCAUACUUGGGAAGGUGGCAGGGCAAGCAGGUGCGAUUUUUGGAGAUCCAUUGCCAACAUCCUACCCAGUUAG